CUCUUAUUAAACUUAUUGUUUAUUUAUAAAAUUUCGGUUUACUUAUUGCUUCAUCUAAAAGCAUUUCGCCGAUAUCAUUACAAUUCAUAAUCAUAUGGAGCAAUAAUUUAUUUUGCAAUUUCACAACUUAACUGAAAGAUUUGUGGUCAGAAAGAUGACUCUGAGAUAUAUAUUACUAUUAUUACACAAGUGGAAUACGCGCGUGAUCAGAAAUUGGAAUCCGACACCCGUUUGCUUUUAUCCUUUACUUCUGAUUGGUGCGCUCAUAUCUAACGGCACUUGGUGAACCAGCACGUCGACUGCCAACAGUCGAUCUCGCAGUUCUGUGAGUGCUGCUUGGGAAUCACCACGUUUUUUGACAAGGAUGUUGUGUAAAGAAUAUGGAAUUACGAUAAUUUGACAGUUUGGUGAGGUAAAGAGAAGAGCAGAAUGCAACUGCAGCGAUUGUUGGUAAUUCUAGGAAUCCUUUUGGUAUUGUCUUUGCUGGCAUGUUGCCAGUCUACUGGGAAAAUUGUAUUUCAGGAUAGCACUAGCGAACAUGAAGCAGAUAAGCAAGAAAAAUCCAAAGAAGUUACAUCGCAACAGAGAGGAUUUAAUCCUGUUCAACAUGUAGAAGAUUUAUUUAAUUACAUUGGUCUUGGAACUGGACAAAAUGUUGAUCCGUAUUUGGCAAAGGUCAAUGAACGUUGCUUAACUGGUGAUUUUGCUGAAUGUUUCAAGUCACGAGCAUUAAAUUAUUUUUCGGACUUUUUCGAUCAUGCUGAAUAUUCCUUGAAUGAUAAUAUCCGAAUUAAACGAAUGUCUGAUCAAGUAGUAACGGAAGUACAUCGUCAGCCGUACGAAUAUUCUAACGAUCCUAGAUCUGGUGAAACAGAAUGGGAUCAAAUGGUCAAUUUUAUGAAAAGAAAGAUGGAAAGAUUUGUUAAAACAAUGACUUUCGAAUUGACCAUUCCUGACGUUGAGACUGGUUUUAAUGAUGCAUAUAAACCGAGAUUUUUAAAUGAAAUUGCUGAUGAAAUCGAUACGCUUGAGAACAAGAAAGAUACAUUAUUUUCUCGUCAUCGGCUCAGAAAAUUUCUUAUACCAUUUUUGAUUAUUCUAAAGCUCUUCAAAGUGAAGCUAUUACUAUUAUUGCCUUUGGUUUUGGGAUUAGCUUCAUUCAAGAAAUUCCUUGGAUUUUUGACAAUUAUCAUACCCGGUCUAAUAGCUUUUUUUAAGUUUUACAAACCUUAUCCAAAUUAUUAUCCUCCAAUAUAUACUAAAAACGGAGUUGCUCAAUCUCCUUAUGAAUCACAUUCGAAUUUUGAUUAUUAUGGAGAUCAUUACGGAAAUGUAGAUUCUUAUGGUCACGAUUUGGCAUAUCGUGGAUAUCAGCAUUAUAAAUCCUAAUCUAUUUACAUAUUUAUUACAUUAUUUCUAAAAAAAAUACAGAUUAUAUAAUUAAAUUGUUAAAUUUUUACUUACAAAU